CUCUCUUUUUGUCGAUAUCUAUCUAGUGUCAUUAGGCAGUAUUAAGAUCUGGUAGGGUUAGUUAACUUUGGUUUGUACUUCCGUUGUUCGUCCUUCAAAUCACUUCUGAAAAACAUAAAUGAAAGGGCAAUUUAAACAAAAAUGCCUUACGCGAACCAACCUCUUUUAAGUAUUACCGAAUUAACUAAUCAAAAUGUGAAAUUUAUAUUGGAAGACACCGAUCUAAGUGUAGCCAAUAGCUUACGCCGUGUUUUUAUAGCUGAAACACCUACUUUGGCCAUCGAUUGGGUGCAAUUAGAAAUUAAUACCACUGUUUUGGCUGACGAAUUCAUAGCUCAUCGUCUCGGACUAAUUCCACUAAUUUCUGAUCAUACGGUAGCACGUUUGCACUUUACACGUGAAUGUUUGUGUUCAGAUUUUUGCGCCGAGUGCAGUGUGCAGUUCGAUUUGCAUGUAAAAUGCGCUGAAGAUGAGACCAAACUUGUAACAACAGCUGACUUAAAGUCGAGCGAUCCGAAAGUUGUACCGGCAGUAGCCAGAGUUCAAGAUGAUGAAGACGAUAUUUUGAUAGUGAAAUUGCGCAAAGGUCAGGAAUUGAAAUUGCGCGCUUACGCUAAGAAGGGAUUUGGCAAAGAGCACGCUAAAUGGAAUCCCACGGCCGGCGUGUCUUUCGAAUAUGAUCCUGAUAAUGCAUUACGUCAUACCUUGUUUCCUAAACCAGAUGAAUGGCCGAAAAGUGAACAUUCCAAACUGGACGAUGAUAAAGCUGAGGCGCCUUAUGACUGGGAAAGUGAGCCAAACAAAUUUUUUUUCAAUAUUGAAACGUCAGGGGCAUUGACACCAGAGAACAUCAUUAUAAUGGGGGUGCAAGCGUUGAAGAAUAAAUUAUCAAAUCUACAAACGCAACUCAGCUGCGAAAAUUAUGAUGCUUUAGCUGUAUAGGAGAAAUGAAAUAAAAUCUGAGGU